GGAGUGUGAGUCCCAUGUACGGUCGCGACCCCUCACACUUCGAUUGCUUGUCACAUGGUUUCCGUUGCGAGAAUUCGCGACGCCAUUGCUCGAAAUGACGUCGAGGAGAUGGGCCUUGUAUUCUUGCAUGCUCUCCCCUCGCCGGACGGACCAGCCGCGUCACCGCCGGACCCACGCAUUUCUCACCUCUUGGACGAGUAUAGAAACGUCUUUGAGGCGCCCACCGGAACGGUUCCGGAUCGGCCCAUACGUCAUGGGAUCACUCUCGAGGCGGGCGCCGUCCCUCUGCGUGGAUGUAUCUACCACAUGAGCGAAGAGGAACUCGAAGUGCUUCGCCCACAACUCGAUGACCUUCUCGACAAGGGCUGGAUUCGCCCUAGUUGCUCGCCAUACGGUGCACCUGUUCUCUUCGUCCGGAAGAAGAACAAAGAUCUACGGUUAUGCAUCGACUAUCGGAAACUUAACGCACAAACCAUAAAGAACGUCGGCCCUCUCCCUCGGAUUGAUGAUCUCCUUGAGCAGUUAGGCGGCGCGACGUACUUCUCGAAGUUGGAUCUGAAGUUAGGUUACCACCAGAUUGAAAUCCAGCCUCAAGACCGGUACAAGACCGCGUUCAAGACGCGGUAUGGGCAUUUUGAGUGGGUBGUCAUGCCAUUUGGCCUCACCAAUGCCCCCGCAACGUUUCAAGCAGCGACGACGACUGAGUUUCGCGACUUGCUCGAUCGCAGCGUCCUCAUCUACCUUGAUGAUAUCUUGGUUU